CGCCUCUGCUGGCCAGAACAGCGGUAGCUCAACGUUUAAUCAGUGGAAGACUUUAUGGAAUACAGUUUCGUUUCCUGUCGCGCGUAUCUACUUUUUAUUCAAGAAAAACGUCGAUAUUUUGGAAAACAACAUUAGACGCAACGUGGAGAAACAAGCCUGUCUUUGUUCAAAAUUAUUUGAGAUACGUUGACGGGACGAGACAUUAAAGUCGUUUAAAAAAAAAAAAAACCAAAAAAAAAAAAAAAAUAAAUAAAAACGAAGGGAGUCUAUUCCGUCGGUUGAUAGAAAGCAGGUUUGGGAAACAUAGAUCUCCUUUUGGAAGUAUUUCACCAUUUGCCACGUACGGAAGACAAACUGGAAGUAAUGUAUUUAUACAUCGAUUUUAAGAGCCAAUGGAAGAUAAAGUAAGUAACUAAUAAGAGAAAGGGGAACCAAGGACACUGUCGAUGUAGUAACAACGUGUGGAUACAUUGUCCUUGUUUUUAUUUCGGGAUUCAUAGCCGGAUUUUAAUUUUAAAAUAGGGCCUGUCCUGUAGUUUUUAUUCAUUUUGUGGAAGCCACUGCACAAUUAUUUUUAGUAUAGUAGUAGUAUAUUGUGUUUUGAUCUUAUUUACUCGUAGGUGUCACGCUUCUGGUCAAUGCUACAUGUGUUGCUACUUAUAAUAAUUUAUACAGCGCUUUGCACAUCGUUCAUUGAAUGUGCAGUACCUAAAAAGUAGCAAGGAACGCAGUCUGGAUUUGGAAACCUGUUCAGAGUCGUGGCUUGUUAUCAAAUGGUCUCUAGUUUGUUAACUGAUCUGUAGUGAUACACAGACUGGAGCACCUUGAACAUUGUUGAUGACGGGAGGACUGACCAUAGGUUUACUGACAAGAAUCAUAGACUGGUGCGGGGAAUUGUAGACCAGCAGUGAGUAGAAAUAUUCAGCGUUAUGGAGCAAAGAGCUGCUGAUAACGAAGGAACCAGCCUGGUGGAGGUAGUGCUGACAGGCGGGGCGCCCUGGGGAUUCACUCUCAAAGGGGGUCUGGAGCACAGAGAGCCGCUCCUCAUAACUAAGAUCGAGGAAGGCAGUAAGGCUGCAGCAGCAGGGAAGCUCCAGGCCGGGGAUGAGAUUGUCAGCAUCAACGAGUUCCUGACCGGAUACAGGCAAGAGGCCAUCUGUCUGGUGAAGGGCUCCCACAAGUCGCUGACGCUGAUGGUCAAAAGGAAGAUGAAAAUGGUGGAUAUUGUAGCACAGAAAAUGCCUUCAGAAACUGACGUUCACGUGGCCAGGAGCUUUCUUACCAAGAUUUUGAGGAGUUCCAUGAGGAGAAGUGAGCCUGUGAGCCGGCCUCACUCCUGGCACUCCACCAAGUUCACAGAGAGCCAGUCCGAAGUUGCCCCUGCUGUCUGGCCCACCAGAUAUGAUGCAAGUUCGUCGUCACAUGACUUGUCUAACUCAUGGAAUCAGACGAACCUGCAGCGAAUUUCCGAUCAGUUCAGCUCCCUGGGCAGCAUGGACAGCCUAGACCAUUCAUCCCACAGCUACCAGCAUGGACGAAUCUCUCCUGCUAAGUCCAACAACAGCAUCGACAACCUGGGAGGAGGCAGCGGUGGAGGCAGCAGCAGCAAGCGGGAUUCAGCUUAUAGCUCUUUCUCCACUAGCUCCAGCACCCCAGAUUACACUUUGUCCAAGAGCAACGCAGCCUCCACUGAGAACAUGCUGUAUAAAGUGGGCCAGUGUGACUCAGGAAGGUAUGGAAAUGGGAGGCACAACCAGGGCCUGAAUGAGAACAGCAGAUUGGAUGACAGACAGGGAUAUCUGCAGCUGCCGGCUAGGAAUGGGGGCAGAGAAAGCCCAAGGACAGACGAACAGCCUGGAUCCCGGCACUCCAGCUCAGGGAGGUCCAGCUUCGGCCCGGUGUGGCACGUCCCUGAAAAGAAGAAGAGUGCACCCUCCCCGCCACCUCCCCCCCCCCCGGUCCGCAGCGAUAGCUUUGCAGCUACCAAAGUUCAUGAAAAAGGUCUCCUCCCGCCUUCCUCUGAGAGAUCUGCACCUCAGAACGUUCAAAAACCUCAACCGAGGGUGGCAGACGGGCCACCUGUCGAACCUGCAGACUAUCAACAGAAGCUCAUCCGUGGCAAUGAAAGAGGACCUGAUGCAAGGAGGAGCUAUAACCACCCUCCCAAGAAUGAUUCUCCCUCUUCUUACCUAUUGAUGGACAGCUAUAAUAACAACCAGUUAAAUGCUAACCGGUUGCAGUCUUUGUCAAGCACAGAUGUACGGAUUGGCCAACCUCCCAGUGCAUAUGUGGCCCAUCACCAGCGGCAGUACAGUGACGAAAGCACUUUAUAUACCCACACUCGGUCUACUGCAGCACCAAAGCAGAGUGUUGGUAGCUAUUAUAGCAGCAUGCAAGAGUUACCGACUGACAAUUUUAAUCAGCACUGUAAUCAGGCCCAAGUCAGGACCUCUAGUGCUUCCUUGGCCAAUCCUUCUACAGAGCAAAAUAUGGAGAGUGCUGGGCAUAGCAGAUAUUACUGCGUUACAGCAAGGCAGCCAGCCCAGUCGGUCUCUCAGGCAUCACUGGUGAAAUUUGAAAACUGGAAAGGUAGCACAGGGACAGAGUUGGCCCAAGGACUAAGUGAAAGGAACUCUGCUGCUCCCAUAAAGGUCCAGAAACCAAAAUACCCUCUACCUUAUCCUGAAGUACAGGGGAACAAUGGAUAUUAUUGGCUGGAGGACAGCCAUGACAGGUCUCCUGCAUCUGUGGAAGAGAUGCCAUUAGUAAAACCCGUUGUAGAUGAAAGAGGAAGCCAGAAGAGUAACAAUGGCAAUCAUUUAGAAUCUCAUUACAUUGGCUUUACCCACAACAAACAGGAUAACCUCAGGAACUGUGGUGUUGUUCAGCAGAGAAGUCAGCAAAAAGAGCCCCAGUGGCCAGAAGAUGAAAGCAAGAUUUGUCCACAGAAAACCCCAAUGUUGCACUCCCUAGCUCAAGAGAGCAAACAUUUAGCCUCCAAACAGAUGGAGCCUCCAAACAGCCACAGGCAGGAUGCUUUAGACCCUCUCGCCACAAAACAGCAGCGACGGAGCGACCGAUAUGCCACCACAUUACGGAAUGAAAUUCAAAUGAGAAGAGCCAAGCUGCAGAAAAGCAAAAGUGCGGCCACCCUGAUGGGUCCCAACGAGAUUGAAGAGGAAGCUGAAAGCUGGAAGGAGGCGUCGGCUGAGAACUCCACAUCAUCUUCAGAUGGCUCCUUCUCCAACACUUACAAGGAUCAUCUGAAGGAAGCUCAGGCCAGAGUUCUUGGGGCUACAUCUUUCAGGAGACGGGAUCUGGAGCCUGUAUUGCUUGAGCAUCCAGCAAGCCCAUCUGAUACCUUGCCCUGUUACCCCACAGUGACAUCAUACCAUCCACGUAAAGAUGUCAACUCCCAGCCUGGCUUUCCUGAGGCCCAACAAAGCAAACCUAUCCCUGCAGCUGCUGGUGGUGCUUCCCACAAGUCUCGCAUUGGUGGCAGGAAACGCUUCACAGCUGAACAGAAAGUCAGAUCCUACUCUGAGCCAGACAAGAUGAACGAGGUGGGAGUGGGCAAGACCCACCAUCAUUCCAAUAAUCCUGAUAAGGCCACUACUUUUGCAGAUCGACGCAAAUUCUUUGAGUCAACCAGCAAGCCUGCAUUUCUAAAACCGGCAAACAGGCCAAACCAACAGGGCUCCUUCGAUGAACAAAGUGAGGUCAGAUCUUCCAGAAAACUGCACCCUAAUGAGCCUGAGGAGUCUUGGUAUGAGCGGAGAGCCCGUGCCGCCUCCUUUGGCUACGAAAGCUCUCUGGGAGCUCUUCACGAGGAUAAAGAUAACUAUAGGGAUAUAAGCAAAAAGUACUCUGACAGGUAUAUGAUGCUGGAACAGCAGCGGUUAGGUACUUUUGCAGAGUAUGAGGCUACCUGGAAUGAGCAAAGAAAGCCAUCAGAAGCAAAGACCUCUGGAAUGUACCACUCUGCUGACAACAUCUUGGAUUCAGGGGUCGAAGAGCAUAGUAAACCUCAGUACGUGCAUGAAAGAUCCAGGUCAUCUCCGUCUGCAGAUUUCUAUGGAAAGAACGUUGUUGUGCAAGCAAAGAAGAAAGCUGAAAAUUCUCAAACAGACCAAAAACUUCCUGGGGCUAAAAGCACAGAUUGCAACAUUUCUGUAGCAAGACUUGCUGACAGAGGACACAAGGAAUGUAAAUUGGACGAAAAGCUACCUGUGAAUAACCAAAGCACAGAGGACAAGCACAGAUCCUCCAGCAGGCAGACUCCGCCAGAACAGCUGCUGCGCCAGCCUGCAGAAAACCGAGAGAGAGCUGGUACACUGCCCAGUGACUACGGCGACAUAAUUCAAGAAGGGGAAACUGAAAUCAAGAACAGAGAUUUUAACAAGGCUGUUCCCACUUACUUAGAGAGCCAUAGCCUGAACAAUAAUCGCAUCAGAUCCCAAAGCACAGGAUUGGAUAAUCAGUCUACCAAUAUAACUGCAGCACCCUACAAUAAGAAGAAGGGGCCUGUGCCUCAGAGGCCUCCUCCGCCUAAGCUGGAUAAAUACAAACGUCAAGACAUCCCAUCCUCCUUGACAGGCUCUUCGGAAUCGCUGCUCAGUUCACAAAGGGCUGUUGGGCUUUGCUCCCCCAGCAUAGAGGGGCCGCUGAUUGCCAUCCCUGCCCCAGCCUUGAACACUGCUUCCACAGCAGCAGAGCCUGCCCGGGCCGCCAGUCAGUCAGGGAAGAACCAGCACGGAAAGGUGCUGGAGAAUGAGCACAGAACUGUAGAAAAACCUGACGUUGCGCACCACACCACCACCACCUCCAAGUAUCCCUGUCUUAAGCCUUCUAUGGAUGUUCCUAGAUCACCUUCUCCACAGUUUGCCCCACAGAGACUUACUGAUAAACCACCUGUCUCCAUAAAAAAUGAAGCUCCAUCAAGAAUCGAAAAAGUGAUGGAGAACAAUACCACUGUCAAGAUGGUGCCUAUCAAGAUUCUUCAUUCUGAAAGCCAUUCUGAGAAGGAGAGCCGACAGUACCUCCUCCACAACCUUGAACCGAUCAGUGUGCCCGACGAGCAGGAGAAAGACCAGAUAAAGACUCUGGGCACUAAAGAGCAGUCCUACUCCCUUUUCUGCACUUACACAAGACAGAAAGAUGAGCAGAUGAAGGAGGAACAAGACAGAACAUGCGACCCGGCACAAAAUGAGGUGCUUUGGGCAGAGGUAAAGAAUAGUGUUUCACUUUCUCCAGCUAACACUGCAGUGAAGGCUAAUGACAGGGCAGUAGAUGACUUGAAGACUGAGGAGCUGGCCAGAGAGAUUGUGGGAAAGGACAGAUCACUGGCUGACAUCUUAGAUCCCAAUAUUAAAAUGAAGACCACCAUGGACCUCAUGGAAGGCAUUUUCCCCAAAGAUGAGCAGCUAUUGGAGGAAGCCCAGCAACGCAGGAAGAUUCUCCCAAAACAGAAUUCUCCGAGACCUGCAGAAGAAAAGAAAAACGAAGAGAGCACAGCCUCCCUGGCAACCAGCUCCUCCUACUACAACACAUCAGCCCCGAAGGCAGAGCUGCUGAUCAAGAUGAAGGAUAUGCAGGAGCAGAUUGUAGAGGAAGAGGAGGACUCGGAAGACGAGCUGCACCACGACCUCUCGGAGAAGAAGCAAGAGCUGAUUGACAGCAUAAGCAGGAAGCUGCAGGUGCUGCGUGAAGCCCGGGAGAGCUUGCAGGAAGACAUCCAGGCCAACAUCGCCCUGGGAGAAGAGGUGGAGGAGAUUGUGAAGCAAGUGUGCAAGCCCAAUGAGUUUGACAAGUUCAGGAUGUUCAUUGGCGACCUGGAUAAGGUGGUCAGCCUGCUGCUGUCCCUGUCUGGACGACUGGCUCGAGUGGAGAACGCUUUAAACAAUCUGGACGAGACUGCCUCCACAGAGGAAAAGCGCACACUAACGGACAAAAGGAAACUACUCAUCAGGCAGCACGAGGACGCGAAGGAGCUUAAAGAAAACUUGGACAGAAGGGAGCGAGUGGUCUUUGACACCCUAGCUAGCUACCUGAACGAGGAAAACCUGGCCGACUACGAGCACUUUGUCAAAAUGAAGUCAGCCCUCAUCAUCGAGCAGCGCAAACUGGAGGAUAAAAUCAAGCUGGGUGAAGAGCAGCUGAAGGGGCUGACGGACAGUCUUGAGAGCCGACAGCUGGAACACCGGAUCACCUUUUGAGAAUUGUCUUCCCCUACAGACUGACUGUGGUGUGAAACGUUUUUUAUCCACUAGGGGAACGCAAGCCACAGAAUUAAAAAAAGGAUGAAAGAUAAACACAGCACACAUCUUUAGAUUACAGUGUAUUGUUUCUAAGAUUUCUUUAUUAUAGUAUUGCUUGAAACCAUUACUUUUUUUUCUCACAAAACAUGAGCAUUUUGUUUUCUGAACUCUUGUAAAAAUGGUCUGUUAGUUAGUGUGAAAAUAAGAACAAAGGAGUACCUGAUACACCUGACCACAUGUUGGUGUAGAGAAAAUCACAAGACUACUUAGUAUCACUGUCUAGGAAAAUGGCACAUUUACUGUAUCAAUCUAAUAUCUAACACAAAAUAUGGUGCUUGAAUUCCUUUGCUUUAGUCCUGUUUCGUUGUUGUUGGUUACUGCCAGGGAAAACGUCUGGCUUUCCAAGAAUUAAAAUUAUUUUCUUAUUGAAGCUUUUGCUAACAGUAGAUAAUAUAAAGGGUUUGUAAUGAUCAGCUGGGUUUAUCUUGCAGGUGUGUGUGUGUGUGUGUGUGUGUGG